CCUUCUUUUUGUUUGAAAGAAUACCCAAAUGUCUGAUUCCACUUUCCAAUCCACAAAUUCCACAGAAAACGAUUUUGCUGAAGCUUAUGAUUUUGAAUUCUCAGAUUACCUUGUGUUAGAUGAAUGGUUAGAAGGAAGUAACCCUGCAUCCAUGGCAGCAACACCAAUUGGUUCAUUUCAUGAUUCCAUUCCUCCCAUGCCAAGAGUAUUGGAUGAUUCCACCAAAACUAACAGUCAACAAGGACAGACUAGUAGCAGCAACAGCAGCAGCAGCAAGCAAGAGAUGUGGGAACGAGGAAGGGAAGAUUAAGAAGAUGGUUAGAAAUAAAGUUGCAUUCAAGACAAAAUCUGAUAUUGAUAUAAUGGAUGAUGGGUUCAGGUGGAGGAAAUAUGGGAAGAAGAUGGUGAAGGACAGCCCAAAUCCAAGGAACUAUUACAGAUGUUCAGUUGAUGGCUGCCCGGUAAAGAAGCGGGUAGAACGCGAUGCAGAAGAUUCACAGUAUGUCAUAACUACAUAUGAGGGUGUCCAUAACCAUGAAAGUCCUCCACUCUGAAGAUAUUUUUCCUCAAAUUUUUUUUUUUUUUUAGUCUUCCUUCACUCAUUUCAGUUGGAAGGUGAAUUAAUUAACCAGUUGUAUAUUUCAGUAAACAUGAUAUAAAUUAAGUAAUAUUUAACCAUAUAAGUAAUCUCACUGUUGCAUAGUUUGUACAACUGUAAUGGAUGAUCUAUUCAUAUGAGAAAGACUAGAUUACAUAAAUGUUGCAAUUAAUCCUUCAA